AUGCAGGCCUGCCCAACGGAGAGCCUGUAUUGCACGCACGACAUGGCGGACACGGGCGACGCCGAGUUUGUCGCGAGUGCUGAUCAAAUGGCUCGCUUGGUGCUGGCCGAGGCUCUGGAAUACCUACCAUAUGAAUCCCAUCCCGUGACCACACCAACCGAGGCCGUCUAUGAAGGGAGCAAGCUAGCCCAGCGCGUGUGCGGUGUCAGCAUCGUGCGAGCGGGAGAAUCAAUGGAGCACGUCUUGCGCGAGUGGGUGCCUUCGGCAGUGGUGGGCAAAAUUCUCAUUCAGCGCGAUGAGGCAACCGCAGAACCUUUCUUUUACUUUGACAAACUCCCUGCCAACAUCCACGAAUGCUCGGUCGUCCUUCUGGAUCCCAUGUGCGCAACGGGAGGCUCUGCCUGUGCUGCCAUCGAGUGUUUGGCUGCUCGUGGUGUCAAGCCCGCCAACAUUGUCUUUGCCAACAUUGUCUCCUGCCCCGAGGGACUGGCCUUUGUGGCAGAAAAAUUUCCAGACGUGCACAUUGUGACUGGUGUUGUGGACAACGGUCUCAACAGCCAGAAAUACAUUGUUCCGGGUCUUGGGGACUACGGCGAUCGCUACUACUUUACCGCAUAG